GCCACACCCCCCAGAAAGAAUGCUGUUUAGCUGACCCUCCUCUCACUCUCUCUGUCUCUCCUCCAUCCUGCUCCUCUGCUUCUGCUCAUGACACAGAGAGACCAGAGCGUUCCUUUUGGCUACGCAUUAAUCAACCUUUCCGAACAAGAAGCGAGACAGGUCCAAUGGCAGGCUGAAUUAAAGGGAGAAGACUGGAGCGCUGUUCAGAAUGUCCUGACAAGAUUAUUUCAGCUCAGAAAGCUGCCCGAGCUAGCUACAGAGCUUCUACCGAUAAACGAGAGGCUCCUUAAAUUAUCAAAGUCUGGUGUAGGAGCAUUCUUAAGUGAAUUUUACCAGGAGCAGCUUUUGAAGAAAUGUAUGAUUAUCCUAAGAGAAGACGUGAGAGAAGAAUCAGGUCAGAUGUUGCUUGAAAAGUUAGGUCAUGUUUGGGUUCAAUUCUACACAUCAAUACUACCGACAUUGCAAGCUUUCUUCGCCCCUAUACAGUUUAAAGGUUUAUCAAUUCGUGCACUGACUCUCAUUAGCUUCCGUGACAUUGUCCUCCUCAAAACCAGCAUUGAGGAUGCCUUAGACAGCUCUGUCUCAUCAUCUAUUCCUGUCUCGCCAGAAAUAAAGCAAAUGUUGUUAGUUCUUCAGAGCGUCCAUAAAUCGCCACCCACCGAGCAAUUCUAUGAACUACAGAUUCUAGUUAGUAAAGUCGUGCAACCUUAUCUAUGUAUGGAAUACGGACCAUGCCAAGUGGCUGAUUCAUUUGCUAUGAAGCGUCAUCACAGUCUUGGCGGACUCCAUGAUAUGAAAGUCAAAACUCCCGACACUCCAAAUACGCCGUCAAGCAUAAAAUCUCUUUUUGUAUAAAAAUGAGAAUUAGCAUUAUUAUUAUUAUUAGUAUGAAAUACUCAUUAUUAUCUUGUUUUUUAGCAUAAUCAAUGUUACAAUAAAAAUAAUAUUAUUCAUGAAUUGUGCCUAUUAAAUCUUCUGUUAUGAAUU